AAAGAGAGGUGUAAAAACAGGAAAAAAAACUCUCCCCCUUGUCUCUUUAUCUUCAUUUUCCCUUCCCUUUGGAUUCGUCCCAAUCCAUACCAAAUCCCAUAAUUGAAAGCCAAACAGAAUCCCAGAAAUUUACUCUCUCCCUUGACAAUUCCACCCCAUUAAUAUCUUACAAAACACAAAACUAGAAGGAUAGUAAUUUUUUCCCCCUUUUAUCCAAGUGAAUUCAACUAUGAUUAUACUUGCCCAAGCAAUCAUAGUAGUAGCAGUAUGUAUGGCUCCGUCGAUCGCCGCCGCUAAAUCGUCCACCCAAUGCGACCAAUCCUGCGGCGGCAGCGACCCUGUUCAAUACCCAUUUGGGUUUUCCUCCGGCUGCCCAAUCCAACUGAAUUGCUCCAGCAGCGGCACCUUCAUGAUUGGCGAAUUUCCGGUACAAACAGUGAGCUCCAACAACAUCCAAGUAAAAAUCCCGGCGCAAUGCGGCCGUCCGGUCAGGACCCUCUCCACCCUCUUCACCCAAAACUACGCACCCACUUCCAGCAACGGUAUCCUACUCCAAAACUGCACGUCCCCGGCCACCGGCUGCGUAAUCCCGUCUACCACGGUCCAAACCAACUUCGACCUCAUCGACUGCAACGUGACCGGGACUAACAAAACCAACAACAUCACGUGUUACUCGCAGCAGAACCAAGAAACCGGUUUCAUCGCCUACUCCAAUUUGACUAGGAGGGGGUGCGGGUAUUUGUUCUCGGCCAUAUCGACAUCGUCGACUGGGAAUGGUUCUGGGGUGGUAUUGGCCAUUCAGGUGGUGGAGUUGGGGUGGUGGUUGGAUGGCGGGUGUUCGUGUUCGGAGAAUGCAGCGUGUACGGUGGUGGAGUUGCCGGGGAACGGUGGGAACGGGUAUCGGUGCCAGUGUGAUCAUGGGUUCGUUGGUGAUGGGUAUCUUGACGGUUUGGGUUGCUGGAGAGACUCUUCAGCAUGCCAUCCUUCUGGCCAUUGUGGUCACACAACCAGAGUCGUAGUUGCAGGUGUUGCUGCUGGAGCUACUCUAAUGGUCACUGUGGGUUUACUUUGCUGUUGGAUCCGAAGACGGUCCAAAUCAAAGAACUGGAAAACAACCAACCGCUGCUUAUCCGAUGCAACAGGCAUCAGCAUUCCUAUUUACCCCUACAGCUUGAUCGAGAAAGCCACGAAUUCCUUCUCUGAGAAACAGCAGCUAGGAACCGGUGCAUACGGUACGGUCUACGCUGGAAAACUCCAUCACAACGACGAGCUGGUUGCUAUUAAAAGGAUCAGAUACAGAGACACCGAAAGCAUUGAGCAAGUCGUGAACGAGAUCAAGCUCCUCUCUUCCAUAUCCCACCUGAAUCUAGUACGCCUCCUGGGUUGUUGCAUAGAUAAAGGCGAACAAAUCCUCAUUUACGAGUUCAUGCCAAACGGAACCUUAUCUCACCAUCUGCAUAGGGAGGGAGGGAACGAGGGACUUAAAUGGCCGGUUCGCCUCAAGAUUGCCACGGAAACAGCUCAAGCCAUAGCCUUCCUCCAUUCUGCAAUUCCUCCGAUUUAUCACAGGGACAUAAAGUCUACCAACAUACUUCUAGACAACGAAUUCAAAACCAAAGUCGCUGAUUUUGGGCUUUCUAGACUUGGGUUGACCGAAUCAUCUCACAUUUCCACGGCUCCCCAAGGGACUCCCGGUUAUCUUGAUCCUCAGUACCAUCAGAACUUCCAUCUAUCUGAUAAGAGCGAUGUUUAUAGCCUUGGAGUCGUUCUUGUGGAGAUUAUAACUGGAUUGAGAGCGAUAGACUUCUCCCGGCCUCAUAAUGAAGUAAAUUUGGCUUCUCUGGCCACAGACAGGAUUGCCAAAGGGCGUUUACAAGAGAUUAUAGAUCCGGCACUUGACCCACAAGGGGAUGAGUGGACCCUUUCGUCGGUGCAUAAGAUGGCUGAGCUCGCAUUUAGAUGCCUUGCAUACGAAAGUGGCAUGAGACCUUCAAUGAUGGAAGUAGCUAACGAAUUGGAGCAAAUCGGGCUUAGUAGUACUAGAUGGGGAUCUUUGAAAGAAAACGUUGCAGAUUCCUUACAGGAAUCGUCAUCUUGCUCUUCCGUGUAUAGUGUAAGACAAAAUUCCUUACAGGCAUCACCAUCCUGCUCUUCCAUGUCUAGUGCAAGACAAAUUUCGUUACAGGCAUCGCCAUCCUGCUCUUCCGUGUCUAGCAUAAGACAAUCGCAACUAAGUGUGGAUGUUAACCAGCCCGAAUUGAACAAUGAAAGUGGGGCGAAGGGAUUUUCGCCUGUUUCUGUGCAGGAUCCUUGGUUAAGUGAACAAAGCUCGCCUUCGUCAUUGGGCUUGCUUAAUCAUGUAGUUCAGUGAUCUAAGGCCGAUGUUCAUCCGAGCAAUUCGGAUGCGUGGCGUUUGGAUCUCAUUCAUUUCGAAGGUACACAUUCUGUUUUUCAGGCAAAAACUGUUUGUUUCUAUUCGGGGCACCACCUGCACAGCACGCCCUCGGUCCGUUUUUUUUUACCCAUACUGUAAUAAACAUGUAGCUUGUGCUAAUGUAAUUGUACAUGCCUGUAUAUAUACAAGUACAUUACAAGGUUGAAUAUAUUCACAAGCCUUGGAGUUCUCCUA